AUGACCUCUGAAGCCUUUAAGCUGAAGGGCCUCUCUGAGCAAGUCCGUAACGACUUCAUUAAAAACGCUGUGAUCAGACUUCAGGAGCGCCUAGCCAGAGAAGUUGAGGAGCGAGCACGCAAAGAAGCAGAAGAGAAAGUCAAGCAAGAAGAACUGCAAAGGAUCAAGGAAGAUGAAGCCAAAGCUCUAGCUGCUGCCGCUGCUGCCGCUGCUGCCGCUAAAGCACAAGCCAAAGCUGCCGUUGAAGCAGAAGCACGCCUAACUGAAGAGUCUACCACCAGGGUAGAACAAGAUGCUCUGACUCAGGGGGAGUCCUCCACUUUUGUCCCUCUGGUUCUAAAGACUCUUGAAGAACUUCAGAAAGAACAGCAGGAAGUCCGAGCCAGAUUAGAUCAACAGGACUCAGUCGACCUGCUGGAAACUUCUACUAAAGUUGCCAAUGUUAUAUUAGAGAUAGGUACUAUGAUCGACCAAGCUGUCGCAGAUCAUAAGUUGCUACCUCAACUUACAAGAGAGAUUGAGAAGAAGUUUGGUUCUGAGGCUGCUGCCUGGGAUGCUGUCACCUAG